UGGUUGUAACGUUGGAGGGGAUAGGUAGGAUUGAACAAAGGUCGAGCUGCGCGGUUUGGUGGGUUUGGUGUGAGAGUUAAAAUCUCCUCAACAUCCGAGGGGCAGAGGAGCCGAGUGGCGGCCCAUUCGUGAUUCAAACAUGGCAGCGGCUACCAGCGUUGUCGUACUCGACAGGGGCAACAAUACCACCUGCACAAUCAACUUACACGGCGCCACCGUUGUCUCCUGGAGGGUGAACAAUCAGGAACAGCUGUUCGUCAGUAAGCAAGCGGUGUUCGACGGGAAGAAGGCCAUUAGAGGUGGAAUUCCAUUUGUCUUUCCGCAUUUUGGAGCGUGGACCUUUGGUCCAGGUCACGGUUUCGCUCGAAUUAUGCGUUGGAACGUGGAAAAGGCACCGGAACGAAUGCCAAGUGGUGAUGUCGAGGCAAUAUUCUCAAUAAUGGACAACGAGUUCACUCGCUCUAUGUGGAAUUAUCCAUUCCGUUUAACCUACAGACUGAUACUACGUGAGAAAGAAUUACAUUUUAAUAUCGGUGUUUACAAUCCGAGCAAAGAGCACACGUUCAGCUUCAACUUGUUACUACACACGUACUUCAAGGUUCCUGAUGUGAGACGAUGUCAGAUAACUGGCCUCCACGGUUGCACUUUCAUCGACAAGACGAGGGACAAUCAGAUAUUCCAAGAGGGCUUGGAUGUUGUGACGGUUCGAGAGUGGACUGACAGAAUUUAUCAGAACACUCAGCCUGAGCAUAUUAUUACCAAUGUCGUAUCUGGACGAAAAAUGCGGGUGCAGAAGUACAAUUUUCCCGAUACUGUCAUUUGGAAUCCGUGGCAGGAGAAGGCCAGGGAUAUUCCUGACUUUGGGGAUGAUGAAUUUCCUAAUAUGAUUUGCGUUGAGAGCGGACAUGUCAGUAGCCCCGUCAUGCUCCUUCCGGGCACGGCUUUCGAGGCUAGUCAAAUUUUACAGGUCAUGUGAGUAGAGGGUGGAUUAGGAGGGAAUUCUCGUGAGUGUGGGUCAAGCCAGUGUCAUGCAAUAGCCCCAUCACCAGCUCGUCCUCGUGCAACCGUCGGUUGGCCAGCGAGUCCACCAAGCUGGUUGUACGUCCAGCCACCGGUUCAACCACCGACGCAAAAUCAUCAUCAUCAUCACCAUCAAUCCCGCCACUACGCCCACUGCAUCACACAAUCCUGCUCCAUAUGCUCUCUCAAUCUUUAGUUAAACAAGCGUCGGUGGUCUCUAUUUCAUCGUUAUUACUACUUUAUUCCCUGAUUAUUCAUAGCUCGUACAUUCCCCAAUAACUAUUCUCACAAAGUACUUCCUCCAGUUGCAUUCCUCGCUCUCUUUUUGCUUUUGGAAGUGAUUCUUUGAUUAUUUCCACAGUGGAUAUUUCUUGUGAUCAUUCAAUAUUUUGUUGCAGUUUUGUUUGAUAGACAAAGCAAUGGUGCUAUAAUGAUGAGAAAAAUUGUAGUUGCUAAGCUCCAACGCAAUAAUUUACAAUAGCAAUUGGUGUUUUGCAGACAAUUUUUCAAAUGAGGAUAAAAUAUUAGAAAUUAAUUAAAAAUAAAAUCCUACUUUCGUUUUUGUUAUUAUUUCUCCACAGAAAAUCGUAUUAAUUAUCAUUUUUGAUACUCUGGUUUAUUAUAGCGAGAGGAUGUCAUGCAAAACUCCAAUUGAUUCAGACCGAUAGGAAUAUAAUUAUUUUACUGUUUUCUUGUCUCUCCCCGAGUCUCUGAAGAUUCAAGUCCAUUCAAGCAAUGCAGAUUACAACAUUCCUCCCUAAUUUUUUAUAAUAAAUACUUCACAAUUAUCUGCCAAUUGAACGCGCAUUGUUAUUGUUAUAAUGAAUACAAUACGACUGACAGUAUACGACAAGGGAAUGAAAUGUAUGGGAGAAUCAUGUAUACGAAAAGAAAUUUCUUGCCAUUUGGUUGUAAGUUGGAAAAUUUUAUGGAUCAAAUGAAUAAAAUUUAGACAUCGAGUUCCUGUGGCUUGUUAGCGACGUUAAUCAAAAGCUGAAUGUUGACAAAUGAAAAUUAACUGCGUAUUUUUUGAAUUUUAUUUUCGUAGACUCUCGAUUAAACUUGUAAAUAAAUCAUUUAGAAUUUAUUUUGACCAAGUGUUUAUUUGCAUCAGCUCUUCACUCGUAUCAAGAGUGGAGUCAUCAGGGGAUUAAAGGAAAAACGAAAGUGCAAGCGUUUGUGAUGAGCCAUUUGAAUUUAAACACGUAGCAAAUCCAAUUAUACUGUAUUAGGGGUAAAGAUCUUUGGUCUGUGUUAAUCGAUUUAAAGUACCGUGAGAAAUGAUACGACUAUUUAUAUUUCAACUUUGAAUAUUUUCUUUCCCAUUUUAUUUUCACGAUGUAUUCGAUGACUGACGAAUAACAAGAAAUACUGGAACUUGAGGUUUGUUGUCAAGACGCAAAAUUCCGAAUGUACUCUUGUUUUUCUUUUGGGAAAGUGCAAUAAAAUUAUUGGAAAAUGUCAAAA